AUGAACAAGAAUGAUCAGAUCCGCGCCUGGUGGGUUCCCCUACGUUGGGAGCCGGACUCGCUUCCGCGGUUCAGGGUCAGAAUGUGGAUAAACAUCAACAACCGCGCCUCGUUAGCCGAGGUGGGAGCAGGUGCGGCGGGCAACGAUGCCAGCCUCGAUAUGCAGAGCAGGGAAAGUUUCUCGCCAUUCCGGUCGCCGAAAUACGUCCUGAAGUAA